AUGUACGACGAAAAGUUGAACUCACGGUCCUUUGCGAAAAGAGCUUCCCCACGGAAAGACCGCUUACCAACUAUGUAUGGCAGUGGUCUCUUCUGUCAUACCUGCCGAAUGAACCAAACGCUGCUCGCAAACCUUUUGUCGAGCUACUUGCCACCCCCUGAAGAUCCUGAAUAUGAACAGCGUGCGCAAACGCUUCCCGAGUACCGGCGCUCUAUAGAAGCCCGGUAUCCUCCAGUAUGCGCCAACUGUGCACCUACGAUCGAAGAAGAGAUUCAGAGACGGGACCACAUGGCUCGCACCAGUGCGCUGAAUGGCUUCCUCCGUGCAAGCAAACCAGUCAAGCGCAAAGUUGAGCGCACACAGCGUGACAAGGAUCGGCUUGCACGGGAGAUUGCAAUGUGGAAAGUGAGAGGAGCUCUCUGGGCUGGAUGCCUCCUCUUCGCCUUGGUCGGACAUGCCGCAAUCGCUUGUGCGAAGUUCCCGCGUCGCAUACCCCACAGCCUCAAACUUGCUCUGCCUGUCAUAGCGUUGAUUUCGUUGAUAUGGACGGCAUGGGAUCCAACAUAUGCAUCUCUCAAACGAGCACAGUUUCAGGGCCGUAUGGUGCAUCAACGCGGGAAGAAAAAAUACAAUAUUCUACAAUCUCUGGCUUGGCUGACAAGACUCAUUACAUCGUUCACGCUGGGCGUGUCUUCGUUCGGAGAGCCAUGGGAUAAGCUGCAGCUGUGGAACGACAUUGAAUCACGCCGGACGCGGAUGUUCUCUUCCGCAUGCUUAUUAGUUGAAGUCCUACCUAUCUUGGCACCACCAGCCAACAUCUCCCUGUCUAAACCUGUUUUCGGAAAGCCGUCGCUCGUUACCAGUCUGACACAACCUCACGAAGCAGACCUAAGCAAUGCGAUGGACAUCGAAGACGAUGAUGAGUCUCCCACGGGUCCUCGGGACCCGGACGCCAUGGACUGGUCGCCAAUCCGGCCCCUACCGUCUCGUGACCGACCACAUGCACUGAACGGCCGAUCGCACUUUGGACAGGAUGAGGAUGGCGAUUUACUCCGCCCGCAACGCUUCUUCGCGCCUGAGGAGCCGACAGGCCUGGAGAGCCUCUUCGCAAAUACCAUUCAUCUGGCAGAUGACGAGCAGGAGAAUGCGAAGCGGCAAACUGCUAGAGCAAAAGGCCGACACCAGCAUCAGCAUAGGUUUUUACGAUACAUUCCCAGAUGGCCGUGGGUUGUAGCUCUUUCCGUGAUUCCGCUUCUUGGUGUAGCGUACAAACUCUGGGCAGAUCGGAGAGAAAGUGCACAAACUAUAUCAUGA